CCGUUGCUGAAUUUGGGAGUCGUCGCCGGUGUUUUUUUUAUUCUGGGUGUACCAUAUUUAAGUUUUCAUUUGCUGAGGUAUUUUACUGCGAAAAACUAUUGAAAACAGAAGAAAAAUGGGUUCACACCAAUAUCAGAUAGCUAACUUAUUGGAAAAGAUGACGUCCAAUGAUAAGGACUUUCGGUUUAUGGCCACAAACGACUUGAUGACUGAACUGCAAAAGGAUAGUAUUAAAUUGGACGAUGAAUCCGAAAAGAAAGUUGUGAGAAUGGUGCUAAAAUUACUUGAGGAUAAAAAUGGCGAAGUUCAAAAUUUGGCUGUUAAGUGUUUGGGACCUUUGGUAAAUAAAGUCAAAGAGAACCAGGUUGAAACUAUAGUUGAUUCUCUGUGCGCCAAUAUGAUAUCUAAUACUGAACAGUUACGCGAUAUAUCCAGCAUUGGUUUAAAAACUGUGAUAUCAGAGCUUCCGCAAGCUUCAAACUCUCUGGCACCUAAUGUUUGUCAACGUAUAACUGGAAAGCUUAGUAAUGCUAUAGAAAAAGAGGAUGUAUCUGUUAAAUUAGAAUCUCUCGACAUACUUUCCGAUUUGCUGUCGCGCUUUGGAGAACUUUUAGUUCCAUUCCAUAACACUAUACUAAAGGCGCUUGUUCCGCAGUUGUCGUCGCCGCGGCAGGCUGUUCGUAAACGCACGAUCGUGUCCCUUUCGCAUCUUCUCACCCUGUCCAACACAAAUGCUUACAAUGGCGUAGUUGAUCAUUUAUUAGAUGGAUUAGAAGAGUCUCAAAGUCAAACGGACGUCCGAACAUAUAUUCAAUGUUUAGCUUCUAUUUGCCGACAAUCUGGUUAUCGUUUUUGUAAUCAUAUUAAUCGCACAAUGGCACUACUUGAACGUUACAGUCAGCAGGACGAUGAUGAAUUGCGGGAGUUUUGUUUACAAGCCUGCGAAGCUUUUAUAAUACGUUGUCCAGAGGCAGUAAAGCCUCACAUUCCAAUGAUUCUUGAUAUGUGUUUGAAAUAUUUGACAUAUGAUCCAAACUAUAACUACGAGGCAGAUGAUGUUGAAUGUAGCAAUGCAAUGGAUACCGAAGAAGAUGAUUAUGAAGAUAGUGAAGAAUAUAGUGAUGAUGACGAUAUGAGCUGGAAAGUACGAAGAGCGGCUGCUAAAUGCCUUGAAUCAAUAAUUGCUACCAGACAUGACAUGCUUGAGGAUUUCUAUCAUAACUUGAGUCCACCACUAAUUGCGCGUUUUAAAGAGCGCGAAGAAAAUGUUAAAUCCGACAUUUUUCACGCAUACAUUUCGCUAUUGCGAAAUACGCGCUCUGUGGCUGAAAUUUCCCAAGAUCCAGACUCUAUGGAGCAAUUGCCAUCACAUUUGUCAGAUCUUAUUGAGCAAAUACCCCAUAUCAUUAAAGCUACUUGUCCCCUUAUGAAAGAAAAGUCAAUGAAAACAAGGCAGGACUGUUUCCUGCUUUUAAGGGAACUUCUAAAUGCCGUACCUGGAUCAUUGGGUCCAUAUUUGGAUAGUAUUGUACCAGGAAUACACUUUUCUUUAAGUGACAAAAACUCAACUAGCAAUAUGAAAAUAGAAGCACUUGCUUUUAUGUAUGCAUUGCUUCAAGGUCAUCAACCGUAUGUUUUUCCCAAGCAUAUACAGGUAUUGGUUCCACUUGCAGUAACUGCUGUAUUUGAUCCUUUCUAUAAGAUUGCAACCGAAGGACUUGUGGUUUUACAACAGCUGGUGCAAGUUAUUCGGCCGUUAGACGGUUCCAACAUUAAUAAUGGCCUGUUUGAUUUGCCUGCAGUAGCUUCACAGGUUUAUUCAGCCACAAUGCAAAAGUUAAAAACAACUGAUGUGGACCAAGAGGUAAAGGAGAGGGCUAUUGCUUGUAUGGGGCAGAUUAUAGCUAACAUGGGAGAUCUUCUUCAAUCCGAGGUCGUUAUCUGCUUGCCAAUUUUUUUAGAACGUUUGCGGAGUGAAAUUACACGUCUCAGCUGUGUGAAAGCUUUAACAAUGAUUGCUGCAUCUCCUUUGCGAAUUGAUUUAACACCUAUUAUAAACGAGAUUAUGCCUAUAUUGGGAUCAUUUCUACGUAAAAAUCAGCGUGCUUUAAAGAUUCAUUCCUUGGAUUUACUAAACAAACUUGCGGAAAACUAUUCGUUGGAUAUUUUUGGUCCUCCAUUGUUGCAAACAGCUAUUGGUGAAAUGCAACCUCUUAUAACCGACUCUGAUCUGCAUGUUGCACAAUUUUCAUUGAUUCUUCUGACAACUACUGCACGUAAACAUCCAAAGGCUUUAAUUGGAAUACACGAUCAAUUUUUACCAGCGGUAUUGCAACUGCUGCGUUCACCCCUACUUCAGGGGUCAGCACUUAUAUGUACACAUGAUUUAUUUCAAUCUCUUGUCCAAACUAACCUUCCGGGACUUGAAUAUCAUUCUUUGCUUAAGAAACUUAUGGAUCCUGUUCUAGUUCCACCUACUGCUUCUUCUGGAUGUACUGAUCAGCUACAUAAACAAGCGUUUCAUUCUUUAGCCAGAUGUGUUGCUGCAUUGACACAGCAGUGCCCGAACGAAGCUAUUCCCCUAGCUACGCAACUUUUGGAUGAUCUCCAAAAUCCAAGUUCUAUUUCAGAUGCUCAGCUGAUUUUUAACUUAUUAGCUAUCGGGGAAAUAGGAAGACAUUUUUCAUUGAGUUCAAUUCCAGGACUUCCUCAAACCAUCAUAGAAUGUUUCAGUGCUGGGUCGGAAGACGUGAAGACAGCUGCAAGUCACGCUCUUGGCGCAAUAUCUGUUGGAAAUUUACAGACUUUUCUACCACUUAUUUUGAACGAAAUCGAAGCGCAACCUAAACGACAAUAUUUGCUUUUGCAUUCAUUAAAGGAAGUUAUAUCAUCCCUGUCCAUUUCUGCCAAUGGUUUGUCCCAGUUACUCCCUUCGGUUCCAUCAAUCUGGGAACAGCUGUUCAAGCACUGUGAAUGUCCCGAAGAAGGCUCGCGUAAUGUAGUUGCAGAGUGUCUUGGGAAAUUAGUUCUUGUAAAACCUGAGGAUCUUCUACCAAGACUGCAGGAGGCUCUUAAAUCUGAAAGCCCAUUGAUAAGGACUGUGGUAGUGUCCGCCGUUAAGUUUACUAUUUCGGAUAAGCCACAACCAAUAGAUGUGCUUUUAAAACAAAAUAUUGGAAAAUUUCUAUUUUUACUUCGUGAUCCUGAACCCUCCGUACGUCGCGUUGCUUUAGUUGCUUUUAAUUCAGCUGUUCAUAACAAGCCCAGUCUUGUUCGGGAUUUAUUGCCAACCCUUUUGCCAUGGCUAUAUUCUGAAACAAAAGUGAAGAAUGAACUUAUCCGAGAGGUGGAAAUGGGACCUUUCAAACACACUGUCGAUGAUGGCUUAGAUAUACGUAAAGCCGCCUUUGAAUGCAUGUAUACUCUGCUUGAACAAGGUUUAGAACGUGUUGAUGUUAUGCAGUUUUUAGAUCAUGUACAAGCUGGACUUUGUGAUCACUAUGACAUAAAAAUGUUAACAUAUUUAAUGACUGCCCGUUUAGCAGUAAUUUGCCCCGAUGCUGUUAUUUUGAGACUUGACCAAUUUAUUCAACAGUUGAGAGAUACAUGUACCCAUAAAGUGAAAGCCAACUCGGUGAAGCAAGAAUACGAAAAACAAGAUGAACUAAGGCGAUCCGCACUUCGCGCUGUGUGUGCGUUGUCGAAUAUACCUAAAGCUGAAAAAAAUCAGCAAUUAAUGGAAUUCUUAAAAACAAUAAAAGAUUCUGCAGAGCUAAGUAAAAUAUACGAAUACAUCCAAAAAGACUCACUUUCAAGUAAUUUGGAUUUCACAAUGGAUGAAAGUUAAAAAAUAUGGAGAGGAACCCAAUCCGUUUUUCAGAAAUCUGAAAAUUCAUCAUAAAUAAACUUACACAAGAAAUAUAGAAUUAAACUAUGCAGAAGUAUGAUUUUAAUUUCGGAUUUAAAAUAAAGUUGGAAUGCACAUAGAAACAAAUAAA